AUGCGAUCGAUAGCCUGGCUGAUUUUCCUAGCCUCAAGCGUUGCGGCAAGUUUAGGUACCUUAAAAAGGUAUUUCUCACCCAAUAAAAGCUAAUAUUAGUUCAAUGCCCCGAUGGAAUAGUACAGUUCCCUUUGGGACAAGAAGUCAAUGGAACUUGGCCGGAAAGUCAACCUCAGCCUAUUACUUCUUCGUCAACUUGUUAUAUCGUUGUGAGCUCUACUUUUUCAUUUUUUAAAAAAAUGCAGGCUUUUUUCUGUAAAAAUUAUUGAAUAUUAGUUCAACUGAAAGAAAAGUAAAAAGGAAUGAGAAUUUAAUAAAAUCUUCCUUAACAGGGAAGGCUGUAAAAGCUGUUCUACUUGAGGCGCCUCCGACCUAAAACGGUUUGCGCUUGACACAAUGGUAAAAAAAAACUAUGACGUCCAAAAUCGCCUGUGAGCCUAUCUAGUGCAGACAUGGAAUAAAAAUCGACCGUUAAAAUACAUAUUUUAAUCGAAAAUAUUUUAUUAAUAUCUAAAAAUGCGAGAAAGCUAAGAAACAACUAACUCAAAAAUUUCAGUUCAACAUUCCCUCCGCCUCUAUUCUCCACCUAACUUUCAACACUUUGAAUUUGGAUCCCAAAACCAUCAUACCUAACGGAAAGGUCAUGAAUGUUGUGUGAGUUUGUAAGCUUCAAAAUAGAAAUUUCUUAAAGACUUUCAGCCUAAAUGGAACUGGGGUCACAGAAGUGGUCACUCCAGGAACGGCAACGAUAACUAUUGACGGAGCUCAACAAAAUACUUCAAACGCCGCUUUUUCGAUUUUCUACAGUUAUCACGAAAGUAAGAACAUCCUGGCCCCAUGUGGAAUGACUCGAAAACGUUGCGGCUGGUUUACGUUCUUUAAGAAAGCGAAAGCCGUUUUUGGUCUGGCGCAACCACAUCUAGUCAUUCCACAUGAGACUACGGUUUGCUGUGAAAAGAACUGCAACUUUAGUCACAAAUCCCCUUUUUUCACUGCCUAUCGUUGCGGGAGUCUACCAACAAACCGAGCUUCAGUUAAUACUUUUCGAAUUCUCUUUUACUCUGACUUCAAAUACUUCCGACAAUCUUCACUACAUUAUUUUCCUGGCUUAUUACGGCGAAGAAGUCUGGGAUUACGGCGCAACUGAUUGCCUGGCUUUCUACGCUCCCACAGGACUUAUCACUUCGUUUGAAGCUCAAUUGAAAAUGAAAACGUAUGAAGAAUUGAAGUGGAAACGAUAUAGUAAUGAACAACAAUGGCGUUUGGGAGUUUGACGUGGCCAAUGUAACGGUUUUUCAAUCGCGAACUGCUCAUUUUGGACCGAUCCUCGGGAUUUUCGGGUACCAGAGUUAGUGAUAGCUUAAAAAAACAUUUUAAAAAUAUGCACUGAUUCAGAACCAACGAACAGUGGUGUUGAUUGGAGUGAAUACACGGCCAAGGCCUGGGAAACGAAAAAAUACGAGAUGGACGCUGAAAAUCAACCAAUUUUUGUCUUCAUGCGCCAGGAUAAUGGCAAAUAUGAUGUGGUUUCGAACAUCAUAUCGGUUAGUGAAAGAAAAAAGUCUUUAAAAAAUAUGAAAUGGAAAAAAUAAAAUAAAAUAGAAUUAACCGCGAAAAAGUGAAUCUUAUUCGCGCCCCAUCAUUCUUUAGUUGAUAUUUUUGAUUAUUAAAAUUUAAUGAAGUCUAUACUCCCGACCUUUUCAAAAAUAGAGCGCAUAGAUAUUCGUGAAAUUGGCUAUUUUUUCCUUAGACAGCCAUAAUGCCAUUGUUUUUUUCUUGGCCUUUUCUAAACCUCUACAAAAAAACCGGAAAAAAUAGCCAAAAAAAUUGAGACUGGCGGCGACCUGACCAUUUAUGAAGGCUUCGCUGAAAUUCUACCUAAUGGGACAGUCAACGGCAACUUCGUAGCUAACUUCAACAAGUUAUUCUGAAGCUGGUUUCCAUCGAAAUGUUCUCGACUUUAAAGGUCCAACACUCUGCCUCCAAGCACUUUUGUCAACCUGACCUACACUUUCUACGUUAACAGAGGUCAAUAAAAUCACUAUAAGAUUAAAAACAAACUAUUAUUCUACAGGGAAGGUUAGCUUCCAACUUUCCGAGAUUCCGGGUCCUACAACACCUCAGCCUUCAACAACGACAACUUCGAAUGUCGAGACAAGUACUCGAAAAAUCCCCACAACAACCAAAGGCUCACUCAGGAACUCUUUCGUCAUGGGUUUUGCAAUUAUUCUUUCGAUGAUUGCCUUGAAAGAUCAAAACUUCAUGUAA